AUGACGGACCUUGAGAGCGAUCGACAGCGGACCGAUCCGCCCCAGGAAUAUCGCUCCCGCGUGGAAGAGUACGAGGACAAACCCGAUUGGCCCCGCCCGCCUCUCUAUCGCGUCAACGAAGUCGUCUACGUCCGUAGUUCAGGCCAAGCUCAGCCUGCUGGCCCGUACAUUAUCAUUUCGGCAAACUUGGAAAACAAAACAUAUGGCCUCAAGAAGAAAAAUACGGGCCAAAUCCUUCCAACAGCGGUGGCUGAAAGAGAUCUGCUGGUGGCGGCUUGA